CUGUGCUUCUGAGUGUUUUAUGUUGGUGCACACUUUGCUACUUAAAAAAUGCAAGAUUUUAUGUUUAUGUCUUUUGAACUUCUUCUAUUUUAAUUUUUUUUGUAAUGGGAUUUUCUUGAUUAUUCUUUCUUUUCUUUUUCAUGGUCUGGGGUUUGUAAUUUAAUGCAGUUUAUGCACUCUGAUGCAUGUGGGUAUAUAUCACCCGGAUCUCUUGAAAAUGGUCAUUAUAUGUUUGAUUGAAUUGUUUCUUGAUUGAGUUGUAUUUUUGUUAUUCAUGUUUUAUUUUUACUUAAAUAGUACUCUAGUUUAUUUACUGUUAUCUUAGAUGGUUCAUUCUUUACAUAUUGAGCUUAAUUUUAAUUUUUCGGGUUGUUACUGCUCAGUACCAAGUUUUUCUUGAAAUUCUGUAAUUUAUCAUACAUUCCUUUAGUUGUGACUUCUUAAUCUUGUAAAAUCGGAAUGGCCCUUCCUGGAGCUCGUAGAGAUGGAGUAGAAUUGAGGAUUCAUGAAACUUUGGAAGAGCUGAGCACCGAUUUAGCAGAUUAUAUAUCUGACUUGUCGGAGAUGACUAUCAAAGAGCGAGGUGCUUUUUGCAUCGCUAUAUCUGGUGGUUCGCUUGUAAGCUUGAUGGGGAAACUAUGUCAAGCACCUUAUCUCAAGACAAUUGAUUGGGGAGGAUGGCACGUGUUCUGGGCUGAUGAACGUGCUGUUGCUAAAAAUCACGCUGACAGCAACUAUAAGCUGGCAAAGGAUACUUUCUUGUCCAAGAUUCCCUUUGUUCCAAGUUAUCUGCAUUCGAUUAAUGACUCGUUGACCGCUGAAAAAGCUGCUGAAGAGUAUGAGUUUGUCAUCAGACAGCUAGUAAGAACCCGUGUAAUUGGAGCGUCCGAGAUUAGUGACUGCCCCAAGUUCGACUUGAUUGUGCUAGGAAUGGGCUGUGAUGGUCAUGUUGCAUCACUAUUCCCAAACCACUCCGUGCUUAAUGAGAAAAGUGAUUGGGUAACUUAUAUCAUCGAUUCCCCUAAACCCCCACCAGAGAGAAUCACAUUUACUCUGCCUGUAAUCAACUCGUCCUCCAAUGUAGCUGUGGUUGUAACGGGGAGCAACAAAGCAGAUAUGGUCCAUUUGGCAAUUGAUGAUGUUGGACCUGAAUGUCCCUCAGUGCCUGCCAAGAUGAUUCAUCCAAUUGAUGGUAAGCUAUUAUGGUUUCUGGACAAGUCGGCUGCUUCCAAGCUUGACGGGGCAACUCAAUUUUCCGACUAGAUCACUUCCCUUGUAGAAUGUAGCGCAAGUAUCUGAGGAAGAAUCUUAAGCCCAUCACAUUACUGAAUGUCCUAAUCCUGCACACUUGGCCUUGUGUCAAAAGCUUUUUUAGGAUAUUGUCGAUGCACAAGAGUGUAUAAUUUUCGUUUUGACUUGUCCGUUGAAGUUAAUUUUCUCUUCCCUUUUUCAA